UUUCUGCUAUACACAUCAUAAGGUACAAUUUUAAUUGAUCUAUAGUUCUAUACAAAAAUGGCAGACUGAUAAAAGUGGAUAUCAUGUCAGCUACCUCACUACCUGGUGUGAUGAUUCAUAAGUUAGAGAUUACAAGAUUACUAACGUGUUUCUAUUUCUGUUUGCUCCUACUUGCAGUGUUAAAUUCAGUGCUUUUUGUCAUCAAGCGGUAUGAUAAAUAAAAACUGAAAUCUUUUAUGAAACUCUAUUCAUGAUUCAUCCUUAUGCAUGCAUUGAAAAUGUAUAUAUUUAUAGUGAACAAUUUUUGGACACAUGUUCUUUUCUAAAUAUUUCCUGAGAUUUAGGUGCCGUCUUAUGUAAUCAGAUAACACUAUAGAUAGUGAAUUUAUUAUAAAAUUCAAACAAAAGCAUUUCCACAAUGCAUACAAGUAUUAAUUAUUCCUAUGUAAACAAAAAAUUGGAAAUUUUGACAUUUGUUUGCAAAAUGCAAAUAUAAAAAAAAAGCUUUUGAAAGUGUAAAGAAGGAAACUUUUAAUCUUUGUAACCAGGAAAUUCAUACUAUUAAAUCCUCCUCAAUCAUUCCUUGAUCCACGCUGUGGACAAUAACUGCACAGGGAAACUUCUCAGCUUUAUUGCUCAGGCAGAGUUCUUCCUUCUUAAUUUGCAGUCAUGUAAAAUGCGGUAACAUCACAGCAGCCUCAACCGAAUUGGCUAUAGGAAGUAGUUAACCCUUCCUGAUCCAAGGAAGCCCGGUGAUGGCAGAUGUUUUGUACUACAGCAGUGACCCCCUUCAGCAGCUGUAUGGAGAGGUUAUCUCUACCAAUCUCUGACUAAUAAUGCUCUUUUUUUCUUUCUCACAGACCUGGAAAGGACCUUAUCUUGCAACACAAACAAAGCUUUUGAUGUGAAAAUAAGAAGCGACUAGGGCUGCCUUUUCCCCUCUUGUAAUAGAGAAAUUAAAGGAUUUUUGCUGUAAGUUCAAUGCAAUCACAGAUGACCACAUGACACUGGGUCAAUGGGGGCAUGUUAUUCGAAAUCAGGUCAUGAUGUAGAUGUCGCAAAGAAGAAAUCCCCUCACAGUAAGAAAAACAAGAAUGGGAUUAACUUGACCAUUGAAUACAGUCCAGUAAGGUCUCCCAACCACGAUGAGGACAAAUUAUCCAUCUUUGAUGAAAAGGAGGCAGAAAAUGACAGAGUUGUCUUGGAAUAUAAUGGAAAUGUAGAAGGACAGUGCCUCUGCAGUGCAGAUAAUGGCAAUAGUAAGGUUGUGUGUAGUGGGAAGUGUGCUAGCUGUGAUGGUGGCAAUACUGGUGACUUAUUGCCCUCAGAUGAGGUUGUAAGCUCAGAUUCUAAAGUGACUAGUAAGGUUGCUUCAGCAUCAGACAGUGGCAUAGAGAGUCUACAUGCUCAGGAAUCACAUCACUCUAGUCAAACUCUCUGUGAUAAAACCAAGCCAUAUCAAAUCGGUGACGAGGAAGAAACGCUCGCGAGCCUUAAAAACGAGAAUCAUGAAAAUCACGGUGAGUUUCCUGCUCCUUCGACGAGUAGACCCAAUCGUUUUUCUGAAAUUAUCUAUCUCAAAUCCAGUCUCAAAAAACCAGGUGUCCACUCUGGUAGAUGUAGCAGACUGUCCUGUAAAUCAAGUGACAGUUUAGACUGGACUGCUACUCUCAUAAAUAGCCUGGACCGGUGUCGAAGUGAAGCCUCAGAAUUUUUUUGUGAUGACUUUAACAUAACAGCCCCUCUCGCUGCAUUUGAUUCAAUAGAUUUUAUGAGCAGUGCAGGUUCUCUCUUGCGGAACAGAUUGAGUAGAGCUAGCAUUGUUGACCAUAAUUCUGAUACAUUUCAAUUUCAAUUUGAUUUUUCUGGAAUAGAAACCGAAGGAACAGAGGCGAGCUCAGUGCCGAUCUCACCUGAGUCGCUACCAUGUUCGCCAAAAAAUGCAGUCAGUCCAGAUGGCGUGAAUCUGGAGCUGAUUAGCUCAAAUCAAACUUCACAGGAGCUCAGGCCUCGGUCAAUCAUGAAAGUGAGAUUUGAUUCAGAGGCCAGUCUGGAGUUGGCCUCAACGUUUCCAAGGUUACAGGAAGUGAGGACGAUGCAGAUGGAUGGGAAGGACGUGGUGGUCAUCGACGUAGAAACUUACUCACAUAUCAUGGAGGAGCUGGCCAUGCUCAAGAUGAAGCUGAGUCAGCUGACUGACUUUUUACAGGAACAAGAUUUGCUGCAACUGGAUUCUUCAAAUAGUAGGGCAGAUUUAUCCAGUCUGAACCAGUCUUUGGAAAAUUUAAUGGAAGCUGCAUCGCCAAAGAAAUCUUAAUAGGCAUCUCUAGUUAAUUAACACCAUUCCAUUUUGGACCUUAUGCAUCUUACAGCUUGAAGUGGAGUUUAUCCGUCCGGUUCAAGUGCUAACUGUUUUCUGUGGGACAGAUAUAAUCUGUGAUGUUAUGAAACAGACUAAGGGCCACCUUCAAAAUAUCUCAAUUUCUAUUACUUUCAUUUUGUCAAAUUAACAUCAAGUUGUCAUUUUUUUUAAAGUUUUAUUUCAAUCAUUUUCAAUACACUGAUUUUUAAUUUUGCCCUUUUUUUUUUUAAUUACUAUAUGUUUUAUUUUAGACUUAUUUCUUUCUUAAGGAAAAUCAAAACUUCCAUACAUGCAUUUCCAUGGUGAUUGAAUUUAACCAAUGAUUGUGCACUAAUAAGGUUGUUAAUAAAACGUUAUUCUUAUAUACAUUUAUGUACAUGUAUUUAAGGUAACCUUUAAUGUGAAAUGAUUUGUGUAGCUAUUUGAAACUUUACAAAUGAAAGCUUGAAGCUUUAAGAUGAUAAUGGCGUAGUCUAGUUAGUGGGGUGUUUGUGGCCAGAAUUUAAUCAGCAAUGCCAAGCAUUCUCUUUAAAAUAGAUGAUACAUGUGAAAUGUUACCAGCAUUAUAAUGUAUGUGUACAUAUAAGCUUUAUCGGGCUUAGAUUUACCCAAGAUUUUAUUUUUUAGUAUGAUGCUAAACACUGACCUGCAUUUUUAUGUGUUUUCUUAUUAUUCAUGGCAUGUUUUUUUAAAAAGGGUAAAACAAAAGUUAUCUUUGUGUAAUAAAACUGAUUGUGCAAACGUGUUCUUUAACACUUACAAGUUAUAAUUUUUCUUCACCUCAUCUUUUUCUAGUCACAUGAUAGGAGUAAACUUAAAGUAAAGUUUUAUUUACUUUAUUUUGUUAUUUGUUGGAUAAAUUGGUUGCAAUGAAUGCCAUGUUUUGAUAUGCAUUCCAUCUAACUUAGAUGAAAAAACAUGUGUAGAGGGAGAUAACUAUUCAAUAUACAUGUAGCUUACACUUGAUGCUAGCUUCUUCACAGAGUCGAAUGUCUAUUAAUAUUUAUUUAUUUUUUAUCAUACACACUGUACAUGUAUAUACAUGUACAUUUCUCAUGGUUAAAAAUGAAACUUGGUGCAUGCACUCUAUCGUAACGCAAUCUGGGCAUGUGUUCAUUGUGUUGUACAAAUAGUUUAUAUACUUCAUGUUUUCUGUCUACAAAUCUUUUAAUUUAAUUUUUUUUUAAAAACACUUUAAAAAUGAAAUCAGGUCUGUAUAUUUAUGAUUUUACCAAUGAUUUAGUAUUCUGUUCAGUUUCUAUUCAUCAGUGUGUUCUUUUUUUUUUUUACUUCAAAAUAUCAAAGAUAUUAAAAUAGUGCAAAUUAACUGCUGAUAUAUUUUUGGACGUCUUUGACCUUUUGUUUUGCAUCUUCUGUUUUAACCAAACGUUAUUAGGUACUGUGGAAUCUUAAAAUUCGUGGGGGCCAAAUUUCGUGGAUUGCUUAAAUUUUACAGGUUCAUGGGGACAUAAUUUCGUGUAUUUUCGUAUACAUGCAAGAGGAAUAAGACUUUAUAGCUCUAAUUUAUUAAUUCGUGGGGGAUGUUAAUUCGUGGAUGAGAGGUACCCACGAAUUCCACGAAAAUUGAGCCACCACAAAAUCUAAUGAUUCCACAGUAAUAUUUAUUUCUUUAUUUUAAUUUUUUAGGGGGCAAUAAUUUUUUUCUCACAAAAACAAGAUGUAAGCAUUUCCUCUUGUAUAACAAAACAAAGGAAAACCAUUGUUGAAAUUAUUAAAGAUGUGUCAUAAUUAAAUGACAGAAAGAUAAUAAAAUUAUUAUAAAUAUGUAUUGAUGUUAUGAGAGAGAAGAAAUAGCCAUAGGAAACAAAAUGCUGGAAUGCAAAGUUAAAUAUUUGAAUUACAUGUAAUGGAAGCCUUUUCAGUUAAUUACUUCUAUUGUACAUACAAAUUUUUAUGGGUUUUUUUUUAAUUUGAUUUUAAAUAACCUGGUACUGUGGAUUCAAGAUUUUUUGUUAAAUGUAUAAUGGAUUUGGAUUCAUAUUGAAAGGAAAUACUGAAUACAUGAUUAUUACGUGAUUAUUUCUACCUUGAUGCAUCUACAUAUUGUUUACAAGAGCUUAAUAGUAACUAUGGACACACAUUUGGGAUAGUUUACAUUUGUAUUAGUAAGUGGAAUGUAAACAUUUAUUUCAUUGAGAUACUUGAUCCUAUGGAUUUUGUGGUAUAAUGUACUCUGAGAUUGAAAUAGAGAAGAGUGGAGGCACAUGAACAUCCAUAGACAUACUGUAUAAACUGGAGUUUUAUUGUGGAAUAAAGUAUUGUUCUGAG